CUCUUCUUCUCUGGUUCAUUGCCAUCGAGCUUUGAUAAAGCUACUUGACUUUACUUCUCAUUUUGCUUUGGCAUAACAUCCAAUACCCGCAUCUUCCGACUGAGUCUCCUCCCUCAAUGGAGGUAGCCAGCGCGCAACAACCCUCUCUUCAACUAGACGCCUCCAACACUGCCCCAGUCGCUGACACAAUGGACGCCUCCAUGGAUAUCGACAUGGACAUUGACCUUGGUCCCCUUCCGGAAGCAGAGCCAAUUGAGACUGAACAAACCCUCGUGGCAACGACAGCUGCUCAAGAUGAAUACGUCGACCCUCUUAAUGAGGAGGCACAGUACGAAAAGGUUCAUAUACGCGGUGUAGACGAGUUGACAACGGAUAACAUCAAACAAUUUGCUGUCGAACACUUCACCCUGGAGGAGCCAAGUCGCGUUGAAUGGAUUGAUGACACAUCGGCGAACCUCCUAUACUCUUCGCCGGAGGUUGGUCUCCAAGCUCUGUCAGCCUUUACGCAGGUUAGCGAGGAGGAGGAUGCAUCUGCGUUGCCUGCUCUACGGUUACGAUCCGCGAAACUUCUCUCUACGCACCCCGACUCUGUCCUCCAGGUUCGGUCAGCUGUCAAGGCAGAUCGCAAAAAGCCCCGCGCGCACGAAGCCAGUCGGUUUUACCUCAUGCACCCUGAACAUGAUCCUCGGGAACGCUUGCGACGAGAAUUCGCCGCCGACAGACGACGCUCGGGAGGUGGAGAUGUCAGUGACGGGGAUUACAGGCGAAGACGGUUUGAUGGUCGAGAACUGCAACGCCGGAGAGACCGCGAUGCAGACGAGAGCUUCAGUGCCAAUAUGUACGAUGACACGCCAACAAGCCGCGAUCGCUCGUCGGACCGCAGUCGCGAAAGGCGGGGAAGGCGAGGGGGGCGCGAUCUAUUUCCACAGGAAGAAGGACGACUGUCUGGUCGCCUUCGCGACCGUAGCGCGUCACCCGGUCGGGAUACAUUGAUGGAAGGCGGAUAUGCUGAGGAUGAUCGGCAGGAUCGCAGACGGUUCCGCGACCGGUCGCCACAGCUCGGUCGCCGCAAUGAAGGCAAGGAGCUUUUCCCGUCUUCAGGUGCGAAAACUAGCGAUGCGAAAGCGCGAGAGCUCUUUCCAACCAAAACUGCAAAGGAACUCUUCCCUCAAAAGGUUAGCAAUCAUCGCCGGUCAGACGCAAUCGAUGCUGCGGACGAGACCGCAGAUCUAUUCUCUCGAAGAAUCUCAGUGCCUCUUGUGGAUGGAAGCCAUGAUCAACAACCUGCGCGCCGGAAGCGGGACAUCGAGCUGUUCCCCGAGGCGACCGAGACAAGCGGUCUUAACAUCCGCGGGGCAGCAAGGCAGGAUCAGGGGAUGUCGAUUCGUGGUGCGGCAAAUGGCAUAUCAAUCAAAGGACGGGGAUCGUCUGUACGUGAACUGUUCCCUUCGAAGUACGGUUCGAAUGCCGGCAAGGAGCUGUUCUCCGAUAAGAUUGAGGGGCGAGGAGGGCCACGACGCAGGGCGGAGGACAUGUUUAGCUGAGGCCUAGAAUUUUAUUUUGGGUCAGACCUUUGGCGAGCAACAUGUCAAGUCGCUAUGUGCAUGUUUGCCUGACUGGUUUCUCUUUGGUUGUCAUUCUGCUUUUGCUGGGAUGGUGGUGUGAAAAGAUACCAAUAUUUCCUUCUAUAUAUAUUUUAUACUUUUGUACUUCAGCCUAUGAAUGAGAACAUCUUAACUCCGAC